AUUCCAAAGUAGUCACAUACCUCGCACAUCGGUUACCAACUUACCAACAACCUCGAACCACAACUCAAACUGCUAGCAGCCUCCAGGAACAAUUGUUUUAACAAUUUGGUCAGCAUUGAAUUCACAAACGCGAGAAAUAUCAACAUAUCUUCAUCAACCUACAAUACACGCUUUUCUCUUCACAAUGGCCAUUCUCAAGAGGAAGCGAUCCGAAUCGGAGCUGUCCUUCAGCAGCCAACUUUCCUCACCUCCUCGACCGGGCGAUGCAUACUUUGCCUUCCCCGUAGCUCCGAUUGGAUUGUCUUUUUCCUCACGCUCAAGCAACCCGUCACAUCUCAACAGUCGCACUGUAAAGCGUCACCGUGACAACCGACCAUCGGAGAACGAAGUACAUCAACACACUUUGGAACUGCUCUACUCGGCAAGGGAUGUCCCCAGCGAGCAUCUUCAACACGCGCAACAACGCGCACACAUUCAACCACCAGCCAGCUUUGCAUCCACGCAACACCAAAGCCCACAGCAGACACCUUCAGCAAGACAAACAUCUCUGCACAGCUUCUGGAACCUGCCUAGGGCGAGCUCAAAGGCACCACCCAUGAUGGCUUCCUUUACCCCUAGUACAGACCUGGGAUCGACAAGCUGCGAAGACUGUGGAAGCAACUUGAGAAGCGACGAGAGCAUGAUGGAUGUGGACGAUGAUGGGUGCGGAGGUGCCGAGGCUUGUAGCUGCAACGCAUGUGGCAAGGUCGUGUGCUUCUCUUGUUCCGUCGGCAACUUGGGAGAGCACAGACGAUGCUUGAUGUGUGCAGGACGGGGGAAUGGAACGAGUCAUUUGGGAUGGAAUGGUUUAUAGAAUAAGGGACAAUGGGGCUUCGAUUGAGUGUUUCGAUGGCACAGCGAUAUCAUGACUGGCUUGGGUUUGGGAUAUUUUUAGGAUCGGGUAAGGAGCGUGGCGUUGGGUAUUGCUCCGGUUAUAUAGUCUUUGCUGCAGCCGCUUUGUGGCAGUCAUAAGGGCUUUUCAAGUCCAACUAGUUCUAGUAAGAAACAACCUAUUUAGCUAAUCUUGAUCACCAUGAAUUUAUGUCGAUUUGAGCA